AUGUCGACACUAUCAACAUUAUCAACUCCAAGAAAACGUCCUGCUGAAGAAGAAGAAGAUACUACAGCUGUACUUCAAGAUCCACAAGAAAUCAUUAAUUUGGUAAUUUCCACUUUACAAUGUCCUGAAGAUAAAACCAAUGUAUCUGAAAUUUAUGCAAAUGAUAAAAAUUCUGCAACUGAAGUACAAGCUUAUGCAAAAAUUGCUGGCAAAGAUUGGACUUAUUAUGUUAAAUCAUUAGCUAUAUCAAUUGGUAGAAAUACUGAAAUUUCUUCAUCAUCUACAUCUGGUAAUUCUAUUCAAAAUAAUAAUUCUCAGAGUUUAAUUGAUAUUGAUCUUGGACCAGCUAAAGUUGUAUCAAGGCAGCAUGCAAAUAUCAUUUAUAAUUUAGAUUUAAGGUGUUGGGAAUUGAAAAUUUUGGGAAGAAAUGGUGCAAGAAUAGAUGGUCAAAAAGUUGGUGUUAAUUCUCAAGAAGCAAAUAUUUUACAUUCUGGUGCUAUAUUAGACAUAGGUGGUACUCAAAUGAUGUUUAUUCUUCCAGAUGCCACUCCCACAUUAAGUGGUAGGAUUUUAGAGAAGGCUUUAGCAAAAUUCAAAGAAAAAGGUGGUAAUAAAAAUGUAAAGAAGCAAAAUACUAACUUCCAGAUAUUUCAAAGUCCUAGUGCGGUUUUGGCUAACAGCCUUCAAAGUAAUCUAGACCAAGAUCUAUCAAAAGAAGAGGCUAAAGACAUAAAACCACCUUACAGUUAUGCCACUAUGAUAACUCAAGCUAUUUUGUCAAAUCCUCAAGGUGUUAUGUCACUUAGUGAUAUAUAUCUGUGGAUCGCUAACCAUUAUGCCUAUUAUAAAUAUUCAAAAAGUGGCUGGCAAAAUUCCAUUAGACAUAAUUUAUCUUUAAAUAAAGCAUUUGAGAAAGUCCCGAGAAAGCCCAACGAGCCUGGAAAGGGCAUGAAGUGGCAGAUAGCAGAUAGCUAUAAGGAAGAUUUUUUGAGUAAAAUUAAUGAUGGAUCAAUUCUGAAGACAAAACGGGGUUCAUCUGUAUCAAGACAAUUAAGUUUACAUUUGGCAACUCAUAAAAUGUUACCUGAAUCUCAAAAGAAUGUCAUUCAAGAAUUGCCAAUUAGUCGACCUCAAUCACAAUCUCAAAAUCGUCAUCAUCAUCAUCAUCUUCAACAACAACAAAAUUCAUCUCAAUUGCAUUCUCAACAACCACCUUCUUCAUCUCAAUUCAUACCACCUCAACAACAACAACAACAUCAUCAUCAACAACAACAAUCUCAAUCUCAACAACCUUAUUUUAAUCAUCAAAGAUCUAAUUCAAAGAAUUAUGCUCUACCACCAAACUCAAUGCCACAGCAACAAAAUCCUUUAACAUAUAUGUCACAAAAUAACGUAUAUAAUAUAAAUUCAACUACACCCUAUACAACAUCAUAUCAAUCACAACCACAACAACCUCCACCUCAACCUCAAUCUCAACAACAAAUGAUGUAUCAAUCACAAUCAUCUGAUCCAAGAACAUCAUCUCGUUUAUUAGAAAGUCCAUUGAGAGCAAAUACUCAACCAAAAUUACCACCUUUGAACUCAGCAAAUCAAUCUUCACCAUUUAAAAUUUCUCAUUCAAGAGAUAAUUCAUUAUCACAUACAAAUACUUUAGAAAUCUCACAGUUGAAUUCAUUAAAUGAUACUCAAUCAACUUCACAAAAUAUGACACCGAAUAAAAAUGGUAAUGGUUUACAUUUAAAUGGGAAAUUAAUUAAUCAAUCACCAUGGAAUAAUUAUGUAAAUUUUCCAAAUGGUGAAACACCUACUAAAACUAAAUAA